AUGUCGCAAACCCGAAGCUCAUGUCGCAGCGCAAAAGCCGGUGUCGCAUGCCAAAUAUACAUAUGUAACAACCCGGGGUCAAUACAGCGACAGACUGUCGCAACCGUGGUUGCGACGGGCUUUUGCCCACGGUGCGAGCAUCAUGUACGAUUAAGGCUGCGACCCGGCCCUGGACCCGGGAGACCCGGACUGCCCGACCUCUUUACUUCGCGAGGCAGGGCUUUGGCCGAGGCUUCUGAAACCUACACCACGGGGGGACUCUGGGUCGUCAGGUGGUCCCAUCAUGGUCGAGGCGUCAAGCGACCUCUCCGCCGCCGCGGGUUCAGCCCGGGGCACGCCUGUGCCAGCAGGGAGGCGGUCAGCCCCCUGGGGCGCAGCGAACAGUAUGCCCCGCCUAGAGCCAGACUGCACCUCGCCCCGGGCGCUUACCUCGGCGGUCCAGUGCUCACCACCCCAUCUUUCAGUCUUGGUCCCGUCGAGGGGCCACUUCCUGCCUCUCCCUCGCCGCCUCUGCCUGCCUCAGAGACCCGUGCAAUCGGAAGUGGCAGCCAGCGGACGCCACACAAAAGCAGAUCACACGCAAGAUACCGCUCAACAUCUCAUCUCAUCCGUGAGCCCACUUCUGCUGAGGCAGGCAGCGGACGCCACACGAAAGCAGAACAUCGGACGCAAGAUACCGCUCGUAGUCUUCGAGACGAGAUUCCAUACGCUUUACCGUUGACAAUGACACAACCUUCCCAACCCAAUUCAUAUUUCGAGUUGAUGUCCACAGACCCUUCCAAUCCUCAGUGGAAAUGCUUGGUUUGUGUACGGCACAUGCGCACCUAUGGCCCACAUUCAAAAUCCAAGGCUCACCUCGAAGCUGUUGCACAAUACGAGGCUCGUCUAGCCGGGGACCACGAGAUGAUACCCGGGCUCAAUGAAGACGGACACUCAGCGAACCACACAGCCACCCCUCAGGACAACCCAAUUGGCCUGGAACUCGACGAGGAUGGUCCUCGAUCCGACACAUCAGAUAGGCCCCCAUCACCUCUUCCAUGCCUCCGUGCCUUUCGCCUGGCGGAGGCUAAUCAGCCCAGCGAUUCAGAAACCUCUAAUGUGGACGAAAUGGACCUCGAGAAACUUCUCCUGGCGAUUAACGCCAUGGACGCCGAUGAGGGGGGACCACAAGAUCCGGAAAGGGACGAGGCUCUUCUUGAGGCAGACUUGCGUAAUACACCAUUUCAGGAGUCUUCCGCUUGGUACCCUUUCAAGAAAAAAGAGCCUGCCGGAGUGGGGGGCUUUACGAGCGUUGAGUACCCGCCUGAAGAAGAACCUUGGCCUUCACGUCUCUGA